AUGUCUGAUAAUAACGGAGCUUAUGAGCCCGUGACUGAUACUGAUAAUGUUGGGUCCCAGACGGAGGCUUCCGGUUCCUCUGAAGCACAAGAUGCGAUGAAGUCUAUUUUAGCCAGUGUGGAGGAAGCCAAACAGAAUGCCUCUGACAGUGAUGGCAAUGAUGAUGAGGAAGAAGGCUCAGACGACCUGUACGAAGAUAAAUCGGGAAGUGAAAAUGAUAAUAAGGAGACCGGCAGUGCUAAUGAAGAACAAGAGGAUGAAGAAAACACCUCCCAAGGAAGUUCCAAUAAAGAAGAACUAAGAGAUGAGCAUAGUUCAGAAGGCAGUGAUGAGGAGAGCUCAAAGGAGAAGGAUGUGAAAGUAGAGGAAGCGGGCGAAAAACAGACAGAGGAAAAGGAAGAAUCCUAUGAUGAGGAUAACAAUGACAAUGACAACAGCGAGAGUUCUGAAGAGUCUAAUAGAGCACAAGAGGAACAGGACGAAGAAGAAAUGGAUGAAGAAGAAAAGUCAAUCGAGAAUGGGGUAGAUGAGGAUACCAAGCCUGCAUCUGUGCAGAGCUCUCUUAGAGAUGCGACUAUCCACAAUGAAUUGUUACAAAAGCAAGCUAAUUAUAUUAUGGCCAGUGAUAUGUUAAAUUUGGCUGAGUUUCAGGAACUUUCAUCCCGCGAUAAGGUUGCUGCUAUUGUUAAUAUGCUAAAUUCAAAUCCAGACACAGCUCUACCUACAUCGGGUAGUAGUGUUACGAAUAACAGUGAGAGCGAUGGCUUUCCCGAACAGACGAAUUGGCCAAGACCAAGCGUGGAUGAGAAACAGAGGCCAGAUUUGAAUGGACCAAUGACUGCGGUAGAACGUGAGCGUUAUAACAAGUAUUUGCGCGGCGAAAAUAAAAUUACGGAGAUGCAUGACAUUCCGCCAAAAUCAAGACUGUUCAUCGGUAAUUUACCGCUUAAGAACGUUUCCAAGGAAGAAUUGUUUCGUAUCUUUUCACCAUACGGUCAUAUUUUACAAAUUAAUAUUAAAAAUGCGUUUGGAUUUAUUCAAUAUGAUAAUCCUCAGAGUGUAAGGAAUGCGAUAGCGCAUGAAUCCCAAGAGAUGAAUUUUGGUAAGAAAUUGAUUCUAGAGAUUUCUAGUUCAAAUGCAAGACCACAAUUCGAUCACGGUGACCAUGGUACAAACAGCAGUUCUACUUUCAUUUCAUCAUCGAAAAGACCAUUUCAACAUGAAGAUAAUGAUGCUGCGGACAUGUACAAUGAUAACCAAGGCUAUAAGAAAUCAAAGAGAUGUGUUCCAGCCUGUGUCAUUUACGUUAAGAGGACAGCCGAUAGGAGUUAUGCCAACGAAGUAUUCAGCCAUUUUAGACGUGGUACAGGUUUAGAAACCGAUAUGAUUUUUUUGAAGCCACGUAUGGAGUUGAGACGUAUGAUUAACGAUGUUGCCUACGACGGAGUUUGGGGGGUUAUUCUCGUCAAUAAAACAAGAAAUGUGGACAUUCAAAUUUUUUACAAAGGCCCUCAAGGUGAAACUAAAUUUGACGAAUAUAUCAGCAUUUCUUCUGAUGAUGCAAUUGCCAUUUUUAACAAUUUGAAGACAAGCAAAGGUAGUGGCGGUAUGAGCGCCAGUAGGGCACCACCACCAACUACUCUUGUUGGUGCACCUAACCCAUAUGCAGCUGCUGCACCACCUCCACCACAUCAAUCCUAUUAUGGUGGUUACGGUCUCACUCCACCAAUGGCUCAACAACCACCAAUGGCCCCUCAACAGCCACCUUACGUCCAGGCCGCUCCCUCUGCAUAUGCGCCAUAUGGAGCACCUGCACCUGCACCUCCAACCGCUACACCUUAUGGUAGGUAUCAACCUCAAUUGGCACAACCAAUGCCUGCAGCACCACCCCCACCACCUGCCGCUGCUGCUGCUGCUGGUGACCCAGGUCAGCAUCAACUGCUAGCAGCUAUUCAAAAUCUACCACCUAAUGUGGUUUCCAAUUUACUAGCGGCUGCUCAACAACAACAACAGCAACAGCAACAACCUCAAACUAACCAGCAACUACUUGGACUCUUACAAUCGAUGCAACCACAACCACAACCACAACAGCAACAGCAACAACAGUUCGCAUCUCAACCAGUACCACAACCACAGUUUCAACGACUCCAACAACAACAUUUUCCUCAACCACCAGCACCCUUGAAUUCUCCACCACAUCAAACUCAACAACCACAGCAGUCAGCAGGUAACAACGUCCAAAGUCUCUUGGACAGUCUGGCUAAAUUGCAGAAGUGA